GUGUGAUAUACCGUGAUCUCAAACCAGAAAACAUUCUCUUAGAUUCUGAUCUCCACGUACAGCUGGUGGAUUUCGGGCUGUCCAAGUGGCUGUCCAUCGGCUCGCGGACUACGACGCUCUGCGGCACACUGCAAUACAUAGUGUGGGACUCGAUGCGUUGCAUAUUAUAAACUCGAAAUGGCGCAAUACGUCGCACACAACCUUUCCGAUACCCCACUGAAAGUCUUCGGAAGUCUGUAACGAAAUAUUAUUGGGCGAUUAUGUCAGUAUUCGAGGCGAGUACGCGCGCGACUUGCCAGUGACGGGCGAGAUGAACGCACGCAGCAUAGAGUUCGAAAUGUCCAUGGAGGGUAGGCAAGUGGACGAGGUGGUCGCCAGCAUCUUCCACACGGUGCUGUUCCAUCGCUCGAGCGGCAAGUUCACGUACAACAACGAGGAAAGCUACUCGAUACGGACGGUCAGCUACGUGGACGUGGACUGCGACUUCAUCGACUUCACGUACGUGUGCUGCGAGUCGGAGGCACUGGGCCGGCUGGUGCGGCGCGAGGUGUCGGACUUCUCGGAGCUGCUGCGCGGCGUCGACGGCUCCAGCCCGCCGCGCGGCUCCAUCAGCCUCGAGUUCUUCCAGAAGCGGCGCGCGCGCUGGCCCUUCCAGCCCGAGUGCGUGCCCUGGGAGGUGUGGACGGUCUGCUGCGAGCUCACCGAGUCCCGCAACGAGCAGGACAUGCACGCCAAGCACGAGAGCGUCGUCGAGAUGCUGCAGGACAAGAUCGUCUUCAUCACGGAGAUCAUCAACCGCCACGAGUACGUCCCGAAGAUGCCGAGCCGGUCGGACGCCGACCUCAUCUUCGACACGACGUACUCGGACAUCCAGCCGUACCUGUUCAAAAUCCACUACAAUCUGUCCGGCGCCCCGCCCACGUCGGUCGGCAACACGGUCCGGAAGCUGAUACGCGACACGCUGUCCUUGUGAUGUCUGGUGACCUGUUGUGCUCUGUACUUUCUGAGCCGGGACGUGAACGGAUCGUUUUAUAUAUUUGGGUCGCUGGUUUUAAAAUUUUGUGAUAUCGUCUGGGAGCUGGCCUACGCGAGGAGAGGUCCAUGAGUUAUUAUUUUGGGUCCUUUCGUCUCGAACGUGAUGUCGCAUCUGUUUGAUUGUGUUGAACUUUAGUUACUUUUAUUCAUCAGAAGUGCAAUUAUAUGAUUGUGAGCGAGGGAUGAUGUAAAUGAUUAAAAUUAUAUCGUAUAUAUAAAUAUAUAUACUUUUAUUCGCAAUGUUGUAACUGCAAUAAUGUACUUAUGCUAAUAUUUCGCACUAUCGAAAUGUAAUUAUUUAUUAUUUCACGCGGACUAAUAAUUCUUUAAAUCGCUUUUGCGUAAUGUUAAUAAUGAAACUAAAACUUUUCGUUUCUAUAUAAUUAGUCGUAAUAUCAAUUAUAAUUAUAAUAAACGGAGCUCUAGCUCGAAAAGCUGGUUGAAGUGUCCAUUUAAUUUCUUUUAAGGUUUGACAUAUGUUUUCGUUAAUUAUAUCCUAGUUAUUUUUCGUAUAUACGCAUUCUGAGUGAAAUUCUAAUAUAUGUAACACACUGUAUAUUAGGUUUAAAGUCAUAGGUUUAAAAUAAGACGAAUUAUAUUAUAAAGAGUUUUAAGUUGUAGCUGUGACGUCACUUAUCAAAUUCUGACACGUAGAUUUUUUUUUGUGUUAUACGUGUUAGUGGCGGAAAUUCAAAUUGUUAUUAAAAUUAAUUUUAGAAUUAUAUGAACAUCGAUAAUUUUAAGGUUAACGACUGAGUGUACUCUCGGUGUAAUAUGGUAUAGUCUAUUGACUAUUGGGUGUUUUAUAUUAAAAACAAAAAAAAUAAAAAAUUAAAUGCUUUGUGAUAUUUGCAUGAAAAAAAAAAUCGUCGAUUUUCGUCGUUGUAUAGAUAUAUAUGUAUAUGAAAUAUAAUUUUGUGUGUCAACGUUUUUAGAUUGGAACGUCGUGACGAAGAUAUUAAUUCUACAAUAUAAGUGUUGUAUAUAUUUAAAUGUAUAGGAGAAUAUUACAAAUUUUUCUCAUUUAAUAUUUUUCUUCAGAUAGUGAAGUCGUUUCAACAUUGAGAGCCUUAUGAAACUAAUGCUUAGUUAUUGGUAUAUUAUUUCCACGAUUCUGAAGCGCGUAUCGUCUGAUGUCAAAUAUUUAUUACGUCGCUAGUGGACAGCGGAAGUCGUCCCACAUAGAAAGGUGCAUGAGAUAUCAUAGUAUGUAUUUAUCUAGGUAAUUGUUUCGCCUUCCGUUUUUCUAAACAAUAAAAAUAAAUUUUCAUGUUGUAAAGUAAUUUAGUAAUUAGUGUUAAACAUAUGAAACAACAAUCACAGGUCUGAAACCAUUCACCUCGAUACAUUAUCACACAGAUACAAAUAUGUAUUCAAAUAAAAUAUUAUUUUUAGCAUCAGAGAACUUUUCAUUUUCAUAUUAUGGCAGUUUAUUGUGUAUCAGGAUUUAAAUAUAACUGAAUAAUAUAAUGUAUCGCCCUCUUAAUUGUAAUUAUGGACUCUUUAUGUAUAUAUCAAGGCACGUUAAUCUGUAAUUGAGUUCCUUCUUGACUAUAAUAUCUCGUCGGUCCAAUCGUAAACAUCUGAUAAUAAUUCGUAUACUAGAAAAGAUUAAAAUCUUUCAUCAAAUGUAUUAUAGCCUUAGAAGUUGAGAAUCGCUCUAUAAAUAAUUAAUUACCUGUAUAUUCUGUGAGAGAACCCGAAACGUGAAGAAUGUUCUGGAAUAAAGAAUGGAUGAUUGUCUAUAAUUGUAAAAUUAAAAAGUGUUCGCAUUACACGUGACAGAAGUGACGCAUUACAUCAGAAACGUGACGACGGAAAUUACCUUGAAAUUACUCUCAUCGCGCCAUACAGGGACCUUGGUAUUCCGUUUGGUUUUGUUGUCUUGUUUUCAUACAUCCGGGCGGAGGAAUGAAUCCAUCCAUAAUUAAACUUCUACUUAUUUACUUUCCUACCUCAUUUUGUGACUAGCUUUAGCGUGUUCGCAUCUCUAUUGGAAAAAUAGUUUCCUAUUUGUAACUAUAAUUAAAAAUAUAAUUUCGUCGCCAAAGAUGAGGCUGUACAUUGCAAUUGCUGAUUGAUUAUUCAAAUUUUACUAUAACUUAUAUAUUAUGAAAAUUGUAUGCAAUAUUCCAAUGGCAGGAGUAAAGAUAAACCAAUCUUGAAUUUAAUUCCAUGUGAGAUUCUAAUUGAUCUACUAUGGUAUGCACUACAAACAGGUAUCGAUUGGCAUAUGUUCAUUCAUAAUGCAACACUAUUCCAAUUAACUAUUUAUCUAUUUUAAUUUCAAUUCCAAAGUUCCGAUAAGUUCGCCAUCUUUCGAAAUGCAAUUUUUUCACUAAUACAUAAUGAAUACCAUAGAUUACUAGAUCUCGACCAAAAACAAAUUCAAGGUGAAAUUUAUUUAUCUAUCUUACUCCUGCUUUUGAAUAUGUGAAAUGGCUAUAGAUAUUUAUUGUGCCCUUGUCGGUUUCAUAUCAGCUAGUACCUUGUUGAUUCUCCCGACUGGAUCGUUUAUACAACAAUCCAGUUAUAAGACAAUAUACAUUAUCUAACCAUUACCUUGACGGCGUGCCUCGUUCUUAAUGUUAUUUUGGGCACUGUACAUUUUAAUAAAAUUGCACUUGCUAUGGCCUUAUUUAAAAGAUGAAUAUACCUUAACGUGGAUGGCUGUUACAUGUUAGUUGUAUGAUGAAAGUUAGUAUAUGUUGUGAUUUAUGAGUUCAAAAAUAAACAAAAAUCUUAGUCUUGUGAUAAUUUAUAUAAAAAUGUGAAUAAAUGAUGGAGUAUUAAUA